AUGUUUUUGAUUCUCGGUCUGCUGUCUUGCUCAUCAUUCGCAUCUGCAAAAAUAAAUCUCGGUUCCGCUGCAACGUUCGGUGUUCUCAGCUCAGCAAGUGUUACGAACACGGGUGCAACUGUUAUCAAUGGCGAUCUUGGCACUGUUGGCACGUCAAUUACGGGCUUUCCCCCUGGAGUCUUUACUGGCACCGAAAUCACAGGAACGCCUGCUACAAAACCGCUCAACGAUGCUCAGACGGCGUACAAUGUGCUCACUGGCCUCGGUGGCGCAACGCCAUUGAUUGGUGAUCUGGGUGGCAUGACCUUGGCUCCUGGGACAUACAGCUACAGCAGUUCUGCAGCGGUUACUGGGACUCUGACUCUUGCCGGCACCGGUUCAUCAAGUGAUGCCUGGUACUUUCAGAUUGGAAGCUCUUUGGUCAUGGCGACUGGCUCAAGUGUUGUGCUCACUGAAGGAGCGCAGGCUUGCGAUGUGUUUUGGCAAGUUGGAACUUCGGCGACUUUGGGUACAGGCAGUUUAUGCCAUGGCCCCAUCCUCGCGGGAGCUUCUGUGACGCUCAACACUGACGCAGUAUCGAAUGGGGGUGUGUUCGGAUUAACUGGGAGUGUCACUCUUGAUGCGAAUACCGUGAACCUCAUUGAGAUCCUCUUCCAGCACCAAUACCACGUCACCGAGCCUCACAACUAG